AUGGUUGACCCAGUGAGCCUGGUGGGCAUGAUCCUAACGAUGGUGCCACUGAUCGCAAGGGCCGCGGACACGGCACAGCAGAACAAGAAGAAGUGCCGGGAGCUGGCCCAACGCGCGGGCACUCUGGCCAACGUACUGCCCAACUACACAUACGCGGCGGCCAACGACCAGGACACGGCGAGAGUGCUGCACACGCUCAAGGAGGCCCUGGACGAAGCGCGCACGCUCAUCCACUCCUGCCAAACUAGAAGCCGGAAGGCCGCUGAAUUAGACGGCGUUAAUGCAAAGAUCAACCAGUGCAUCAACGACCUCAAUUUCAUCAGAAACGGUCGCACAAAUCACGUAGCAGCAGCUGGCCCAGUCCCACUCCCAGCUCAAACUUAUGACCACGGCUCCUACUAUCAGUAUCAGGCACAAGGAGCCGGAGGUGCCUCCAGCAGCGCCUGUGUUGGAUACCCCCCGCCUCAGCACGCUCCCGUCAAUGUUCACUGGACUCCGGCUCCGUCUCCCUACCAUGCUUGUCCAGCAGCCCCCUCGACCUCGGGUUAUAAUCCAUCUUCCCUUCGGACCUUAUUUCCAACCGUCAGCAAGGUCUUUGACAGUAUGUGUAAUGGAUUCCGCUAGUGCUCGUCGCUGCAUCUGGGGUGCUAUUAUCUUUCUGGAUGACAAAUCUGUACCCAUUUGUGCACUUAAUUUGUGCAGACUAUGAAUGAUAAAUCAUUUGUUCG